UGUGCCUUGCAGCAACACAACACUGAGCUGGUGGUUGGCAUGGUGAGGCAACAAUUUAAGAAACACAUGAAUGAGACAGACCCCGAGAAGAUUCAGAAGUUAAAGGAUGAUGCUGCUCGUGGACUCAUCAAUCACAUGUUGUUUGAGUCAGAGAAGCUAACAGGACGCAAGGUUAGCCAGAGAUCCUGAUGCAGAGACUUGUUGCUGACUUUCAUCGUUAUACGCUCUCUCUCGUUCAUUGUAUGCUAACACAAUGCAGCGUGGUUAGCUUUAAUAAAAGAACUUUGUAAAUGGAGUAGUAGCUUCAAUGAAUUCAUAACAUUGAUGAUCUUGGUUUCCAAUUCAAUGUACUUCAACUUGAAUCAUACUCUUCCUCCUCUAAUUAUGGAGUAAACAUGAACCCAAGA